GAAGGAGGGGCGUGUCUUCCACUCUGUCUUUUUAUUUAUUUCUUUGUUUCCAGCAGAAAAAAAUAACCGCAGCGGAAUAUUCCUCUGCGGAACUGCCAAUGUUUCCCGUCCGAAUAAAGACAGAACCCUGGACUAUACUGCUGUAGUUAUUAAAAAGCCCGAUUUAAGGGGGCGAGAAUGAAGCGGCGCAAUGCGGACUGCAGCAAGCUCCGACGGCCCUUAAAACGGAACCGAAUCACCGAGGGGAUCUACGGCAGUACGUUCCUGUACCUGAAGUUUCUAGUGGUCUGGGCGCUGGUGCUGCUGGCAGACUUUGUGCUGGAGUUCCGCUUCGAGUACCUCUGGCCUUUCUGGCUUUUCAUUCGCAGUGUUUACGACUCCUUCAGAUACCAGGGCCUGGCUUUCUCAGUGUUCUUUGUGUGUGUGGCAUUCACAUCAGAUAUUAUAUGUCUGCUGUUCAUCCCAGUGCAGUGGUUGUUCUUCGCAGCCAGUACAUACGUGUGGGUACAGUACGUCUGGCACACAGAAAGAGGGGUCUGCCUUCCCACUGUGUCGCUCUGGAUACUUUUUGUUUAUAUCGAGGCAGCUAUCAGAUUUAAAGAUUUGAAACACUUUCAUGUGGACUUGUGUCGUCCGUUUGCAGCGCACUGUAUCGGGUACCCAGUGGUGACGCUGGGCUUUGGUUUUAAGAGUUAUGUAAGUUAUAAGAUGCGUCUGCGGAAACAGAAAGAAGUGCAGAAAGAAAAUGAGUUUUACAUGCAGCUGCUGCAGCAGGCAUUACCUCCAGAACAACAGCUCAUGCAGAGACAAGAGAGAGAAGCCGAGGAAGCAGCAGCAUCUAAAGGCAUCCAAGAUGUCGACUCUCCAGCUGUGGUGCAAAACGGCUCGGCAGGCAGUAAAAAACCUUCAUCCAACACAUUACCAGAGUUGGAAUACAAAGAGAAAGAACGAGGCAAAAACGAGUCCAAAAAACAACACAACCAGAACCAGCAUAGCAGUACCAGCAGCAGCAACAUCUUACCCUCAGUGGACAGUAAAGCUCUGGAGGUGGAGUACAUGGAGAACCAUGUGAACAGUAAGAGACUGAGUAGCUCAGAUCUGCUGGGCAGCACUGAGAACCUGCUGAAAGACGAACACUCUUCAUCCUCCUCCUCUUCUUCCUCUUCCAACUCCAACAAAAUUUACAAAAAUGCCAGCGGAGGGGGAGGGAGCUCCUCGCCCCAGGGGCACGGAACGGCCAAUGGCAACGUACCGUCCUCUUCCGGGCCUUUAUCGUCCUCCUCUUCCUCGAGUAAAGGAGACAGGAAACAGAAGUGUGGAGGAGGAAAGAACUCUGCAUCGCACAAAGACCCCGUGGAGAACUGCAUUCCCAACAAUCAGCUGAGCAAACCCGAGGCACUCGUCAGGCUGGAGCAGGACAUUAAGAAGCUGAAGGCAGACCUGCAGGCGAGCAGACAAACAGAACAAGAUCUGCGUAGUCAGCUGGGCUCACUGGGCAGCUCUGAACGCAGCAUACGCUCCGAGCUGGGACAGUUGCGACAGGAGAACGAACUACUGCAAAACAAACUUCAUAACGCUGUACAGACGAAGCAGAAAGAUAAGCAGACAGUGGGGCAGCUGGAGAAGCGACUGAAGGCUGAACAGGAGGCUCGUGCUGCAGCAGAGAAACUGUUAGCAGAGGAAAAGAAACGCAAGAAACUAGAGGAGGCCACAGCGGCCCGUGCAGUCGCUCUCGCAGCCGCAACCAGAGGUGAAUGCACAGAGUCUCUGAGGAGGCGGAUUUCUGAGCUUGAGACGGAGUGUAAGAAGCUUACACUGGACAUCAAGGUGAAGGAGGAUCAAAUCAGAGAGCUGGAGCUCAAAGUCCAGGAGUUGCAUAAGUAUAAGGAGAAUGAGAAGGACACAGAGGUUCUGAUGUCAGCCCUGUCAGCGAUGCAGGAUAAAACCCAACACCUGGAGAACAGCCUCAGUGCUGAGACCAGAAUCAAGCUGGACCUCUUCUCUGCCCUGGGAGAUGCUAAGAGACAGCUGGAGAUCGCACAAGGUCAGAUCCUGCAGAAAGACCAAGAGAUAAAAGACCUGAAACAGAAGAUCGCAGAAGUGAUGGCUGUCAUGCCCAGCGUGGUGUAUUCAGCAGAUACGGGCAGCAUGACCCCAGUCACGCCCCAUUACUCCUCCAAGUUCAUGGACACCAGUCCAUCAGGCCUGGAUCCAAACGCAUCUGUUUACCAGCCCCUAAAAAAAUGAAUGCUUGUUUCCCACCACAACAGACCUCCACUCAUAUACACACACACACACACACACACAAAAACACACACACUUACGGUCCUCCCUGAUUGUUUAUUUUUCCUCCAUAGGCCCAGAUUCAGUUCAUCUUUUGGCAUGUCUGUGGCUCAGAUUACUUUUUUUUUUCUGGGUUUUACGUCUUCUAAUACCACAGCUUCUUGCCUGGUCAGAAGGAUGUUGUAUUGUGUGACAGUAUUUGUUGUAGUAAAAAAACAAGAGACAAAAAAAGAAGACUUCUAAGGGACAUCACAUGUCGAGUAGGAAACUCCUGUUUCUUUUCUCUUGUAAAUGUCGAGAAAUCUCACAGAAGUCAGUGAGUAUCUUCCCUCAGUCAAUUCGGAGACCAGUUGACUCACAUUUUGGUUUCUCUGUUUUGGAUUUCGGCCUUGAUUUACUUUUUCGGGGGGAAGGGGGGGCAUUGAAAGCAGGGCAAGAGUGAGAUCUGUUGUCCCAGGUGCUCUACCCCAUAUCAGAGGUCAAGACGAUUUUUACUCAAGAAUGUCACCAUCUAAGAUGACAAGAAUGUAAUGCAAUGUUGAACAUGUCUCGAAAAAACAAAACUCAUGUCUGUUCCAAAUGUCCCAGAAACAAACGUCAAAAUACGACCAAAUUAUCACAUUUUUGUUUAGCGUCUCAGAAUCGGACACCUCCUGUUUUUUGUGACUUGUGUGACAGACCGAAGCUUCAUCUUCAAUGUGGAUUGCAAUGUGUUCAGUUCUUGCAGAUGCACCACAAACUUGCAGAUGGCUCUUAACAAGUCCAACAGCAUUAUUCACGAAUAACAUAAUCAGUGCCUUCAUAUGGGACCUCAUUGGUGGAAUUGAAAGAUCUCUUCCCCCCGUCAUGCCAUGCUACAACCAACUUCCCAUUUGGGCAACCUUUUGCAAACAGAUCACCAGCCAUUUGCGAGACAGCUCCACUCCAGUUUAUGUCCUCUUACAAACCGGGCUUUUAAAUUCGGUCAUUUGUUUACAUUUAUUUAUUUAUACAGCAAUGCACUGCUGACUUCAAAAAGCUCGUAAGGGAAUAUGUUAAGUAUAUAAACACAGAAUACCCUCCUUGUUUUCAUAUUGUAUUGACCAUCUUUCAGUAUCAGAUGAAAAGCUAGUGUAGUCCAGUGCCAACUACAUAGUGGGGAUGUAAUUUUGUUGAACGAAAAAAAGUGUUUUGGAACCAUCAGGUUACUGGCUGGUCCAAUUAUCGAAGCUGGAGGAGCCUUUUAUUAUACAAUUUUUUUUUUGGUCUUGCUUGCAUACAUACUUUGUUGUGCCACUUGAUGUCGCUAUUGCGUUCAGAAAGUAUUGCAACUUAACACUCUUAAAGCUGUAAGGCUAGUAGUCCAAGACUUGGGAGUGUUUUCAACGGAUCAACAUCACUCUCACAAUGUGAAUUAAUACAGAGCUAGACUUCAUCAGUGUCUAGUAAACACUGAGUAUUACUAGGCUGAAGGGAGAAUGCCACAUGCCAACCCACUUUUAUCAGCAUAACCUUCCUUACAAGCUUCAGGUUUGUGUCAAUACAGAUUUUGCCAACUAAAGGAAUCACUUCAGCAUUUAAGUCGGUUCCCUUACAAACUUGAGCUCCACGGCUGGAUCAAGCAUUUCCCAGCUUGUCGGUUUAGCGGUAGAGUUCUGGUGCGGGUCGAUUCAGAAGAGGAGAAGUUUACUGUGUUACGUAUUCCAUUUGAUUUAUGACGGGUGGGAGGGAGGGGUGGGGUAGCCAGAGUCAGUCCUAUGUGGUAUUGUAGUGCUCAGAGAUGGUUGUUGUUUUAGGUGUCUGUGUUUUUUAACUAUGAUGUGAUGGAGGAAAAGUGGGAAAGUUUACGAUGUCAAUGUGGUUUAAGUGAAAAAGAGAAAGAUUUUGUUUUCUUUGCCCACUGUCACUGCUCUCUUUCUAUCUGUUUUUCAGCCAAACCUCGGCUGUACUCAGUCUCUGUGAGGUUUCAAGUAAUAAAAGUUUUUUUUUUUUUUUUUUUUUUUUUCAGGCAUUUGAGAUUUCCUUGUGUUUUGUCCAUUGAUUGUUGUGAGUAAAUGCUAGCAAGCAUUUACAAGGCCUGGAAAUAAACUUUUAACAAGUGGGACCCCAUCUCCUAAAAACAUCCGCAGACAAAUGAGUAAAUUGGUUAAAUAUUGAAAUACACUUUCAAGGCACUACUGCACUGUACAUGUUUGCAGCAAGCGGUUUCUCCAUUUCGUGCCUCCAGAUUCUCAAAGCGAUCUAAAAGCGUCUUGUGUGAUCUUUUAAGCAUAAGAGCUUAUUACGUGCAUAAAUAAAUGACCAGAGCAUUCAUAUUAAACAUCUCUUUUUAUAACCAUGCUGCACACAAUUAACCUUGCAUGAGGUGACUCUAAAGUCUGUUUUCCAUGAACAUUGUGAUGACUGCAAGUCUUUCUUCAAUGCAUAUAUUGCUAAAUUGACAUGCACAUAACACCUACAUUUCAUUCUUUAGAUUAGACUGGCACAAGAACAAGCUUUGAGAUUAUUGGGGUCUUUUAAUUAAUUAUUUUAACAUAACCAGCAUUACUCAUUAUUUCUAAGCAUUACUGUCCUUAUAUACUUAAAGUAACAGUAUGCACAAAAAUGAAAAAAGCUAUAUAACUAUACUGUCUGAUAUACAAUUAGUGCUGAAAAGAUUUGAAGAGAAGGGGACCGUGCACAAGUGUCAUUCACUAGUAAAAACAACCAAAUUCUGCUUUUAUAUCAGAUCAAUUUCUGAGUUCCUCACAUUCAGAUUGUUGCUCUAAUCACAUAUGGAUGCAUUAAUAAUGUAAAGGAGCUGUGUUUAGUAUGACACUCACGUUCCUCAUGCAUCAAGUUCCAGUAGAGCAGGAUGAACUGGGAUAGUGAAUUAUUCCCACAGACUUUAUGGAUGUAAUGUUUAACACUGAGCCUCCCUCAAGAACCUCAUCCACUGGGAACACAUGAAUAUUGGACAUCUAAUGCUAAAUUAAAUAUAUUUCAUCUCAUAUACAAUUUAACUUAAUUGAACCAGUCUGUAAUUUAAUGAAUUUUGUCAUGUGUAUACUCUGUAUAUUCUAUCUAUCCACACAUCCAUAACACAAUACUUUUUCAAUCUAUCUCUCUAUCUAGCAUCCAUCCAUCCAUUUGUUCGUCCAUCCAUCUAUUCAUCCAUCAUUCAUUUGCUCAUAAUCCAUCCUUACCUUAUUUUUUAAUCCAUCCAUCUUUGUACAGUACACAGUGAAACGAAACAACGUUCCUCUAGGACCAUGGUGCUACAUAAAACAAACGCAGAACUAGUCUCAUGUAGUUCUUUGUUUUAUGUUGUUUUAUUUAGCACCAUGGUCCUGGAGGAAUGUUGUUUUGUUUCACUGUGUACUGUACUAGCUGUAUAUGGUUGAAAUGACAAUAAAAGCCACUUGACUUG